AUGUCCGCAGCCUCGCCGACUCCUGCACCGGCAGGACCUGGCCGCAGGACCUCCCAGCGACAGGCGCUGCGGAGGAUUCCCUCGCGAUCAACAUCAUCAGCCAAUUUAUCCAGAGCCCAAUCAGCAGCCUCAGCGGCCAGCGCUUCGCAAGAGAGCCAGCCUCAAUCACGACGACAGGAGUCCCAGUCCCAGCCACAGCCACAGCAGCAACAGUACAACGACGAUAGCUCAGAGGACGAGAUAUUCGUCCCCAUGAAGCUCAGCGCCCUAACCAAGGCACUGUUGAAUACUGAUGGGACACAAGAACCCCAACCACCUGCUCAACCGUCGCCCCCUCGCACUCGGAGACGCGCAAGCAAUUUGAAUUCGUCUACAUCCUCGGCUACCGAGAGGAGAAGACACCUACGCUCAGGGAGCGCGUCUGUUGAGGAACCAAAGGCUGCCAAGCCCCCGAGUCCUGAGAAAGAAAAGGAGCCCAGCCCCCCUAGGAAGCGGGUUGUCCGCCUCAGCCAUACCGCUCAGAGCCUGAAUCAAAUAGGCCCAAGCAAGAGGCGCUCAACUUCAACCACCAGGUCUACCCAGAGAGCCGCCGGCCAGCCCGUGAGGCCCGCUAGCCGUACCAGCUAUCGCGAGAAGCCGGCGGAAGAGGAGCCAGAGCCCCAACCAGACAUCAACACUCCCAACCAGCAAGGUCGGGUCGUGCGCAUUGCGAUUGGAUCAUCGGGUAACCGAAGCCGUAUUGGAUCGUUGCACAAUUCGUCUUCCAAGUCAGGCUCAGAUCGCUCUGCUGGAGAUAGAUCAGCACUCGAGGGAGACUACCAGUAUGACGAUCCAGAGGCAGUUGCGCGAGAGGCUCCACUCGUUAGUAUGGGUAGCAUGGCUCGUUAUCCCUCAAGCAGCUACAAGAAUCGUCAGGAAGACAUCGCGAACCCCCAGAGUUCGAUGCGGGUAAAGAGAGUUGGCAAGCUCAGUGGAGCUUUCCUCAGCGGGCCAGCUCGACGCGGCCUAAGGAGGCAAAGCGAGGAGGACGGCAAUGAAAACCUCGAGGGGGAGGGGCUGCAUUCUAGCCAAGAGAAUGGGGGUCAUCUGGGCGACGACCCUGCUGCCUCUUCUUUCUACGGCGAUGUCAACCGCGACUUUCACUCUGGAAGCCCGGUAAGUGGCAACGCAUCUGCAAGAGCGAGCCAACGAAACCAGGUCUCAAGCUCUGAGAGACGUAGCCCGUUGAGACGCUCGCCAGUACCAGAAGAACCACAGCAGCAGAAUUCUGUACCUGAGCCUCUGGUGGAACAAGAACAGGCAAGAGAGAGUAACCCUCGACCGGCACUCUCACGUCCCGAACUCCCAUCAGCGCAUGACCAGGAGAAUGGCAUCCCGAUGAGCUUGAGGCGAUCCAAGCCCGCUGAGGAACAUGUCCUUGAGAAGCCCCCCAACCGACCGAUGAGCGUUGACCUGCAAGAAAGGAAGCCGUCUUCACCGGAGAGAAAGCCACUAGCCGCGCUUUCUCAGAAGCACAAUACUCCACAUAGAGCUCCGCCGCCACCUCCGAAGAUGUCCCUUGUCGAAACGGCUACCGCUACGGCUGGAGCCGCAACCACCACUCAGGUCAAGCAAAGAAGGAACGUCCUCAAAGUUAAUGGAAAGCCGUACACUCGGCUGGACUGUCUCGGGCGAGGUGGCAGUGCCAAGGUGUAUCGUGUAACAGCAGAGAACGGCAAGAUGCAUGCUCUCAAACGCGUGUCCCUUGAGAAUGCGGAUGCUCUGACAAUCAAGGGUUUCCGUGGAGAAAUCGACCUGCUCACCCGACUUGCAAGCGUCGAAAGAGUCAUCAACCUCAUCGACUAUGAGAUGAAUGAGGAAAAGAAAAUGCUUACUUUGGUUAUGGAGAUGGGUGAGCUUGAUAUGAACAGUCUUCUGAAGGAUCGGUACACCCUUGAAGAAGCCAAGCUGGAUACCGUUUUCGUCCGACACUAUUGGAAGGAGAUGCUUGAAUGCCUCAGUGCUGUCCACCAGCAUGAUGUCGUUCACUCCGACCUCAAGCCCGCAAAUUUUGUCCUUGUCAAGGGACGCUUGAAGCUCAUUGAUUUCGGCAUCGCUAAUGCGAUCCAGACCGAUGAGACUGUCAAUAUUCAUCGCGAAACCCAGAUUGGAACCAUCAACUUCAUGUCUCCAGAAUCUCUACUUGAUUCGAACAGUAGCCGCGACGGCCGAGUUGCUGGUCGUCCUAAAUUGAUGAAGCUCGGUAAGCCGAGCGACGUCUGGUCGCUUGGCUGCAUUCUCUACCAGAUGGUAUAUGGUGCUCCUCCAUUCAACCACAUUCCCAACUAUGUGGUUCGGUGCCAAGCAAUUAUCAACUGGGACCAUGCUAUUGAGUUUCCUUCCCGUGGUUUGGGUGGUAUUACCGUUCCUCCUUCGUUGGUUCGCACGAUGAAGCGCUGCUUGCUCCGUGAUCAGCAUAUGCGACCUACCUGCGAGGAGCUCCUGCAUGAGACGGAUCCCUUCCUCCACCCUGCUGAGCUUGGCGACAAGGGCCUCCCCAUUGACGAAGAGCUCCUUGGAAGGAUUAUCCAGAGUGUCGUGACACGCUGCCGCGAGCGCAUGCCGACCGAAUCCGAGAGCAAGAAUGUGUGGCCACAGGCAUACUGGGCGAGCAUUAGAAAAGCUACAGGAAACAGAUCAUGA